AUGGGGAUUGGUGGGUGGCACCGAGGCCAGGUCAUCGGUCGCGGCUCUUCUGCCACCGUCUCCCUCGCCACCGCUCUUACCUCCGGUGAGGUCUUCGCGGUCAAGUCCGCGGAACUGUCUCGCUCUGCCAUCCUGCAGAGGGAGCAGAGGAUCCUGUGCUCGCUGGAUUCUCCCUACGUGAUCUCUUGCUUCGGGUUUGACCUCAGCUUGCCGACGCCCUCCGGCGGUCUCUACUACGAUCUUUUCAUGGAGUACGCCCCCGGGGGGUCGCUGUCCGAUGAGAUCGCGAGGCGUGGUGGACGGCUCGACGAGGUCGCGAUUCGAACGCACGCCUGUGACGUCCUGAGAGGGCUGGCUUAUCUUCACUCGAGGGGCGUCGUCCACUGCGACGUCAAAGGCCGGAACAUCUUGAUUGGGUCCGACGGACGCGCGAAGAUCGCCGACUUGGGCUGCGCAAGCCGGAUUCGUGGCGACGAGGAGGAGGUCGAAGGAGAUUGCCAGCGAUUAAGGGGCACGCCGAUGUUCAUGGCGCCGGAAGUCGCCCGAGGGGAAGAGCAGGGGCCGGCGGCCGACCUGUGGGCACUGGGCUGCACGAUCAUCGAGAUGGCCACCGGGCGCCCGCCUUGGCCGGACGUCUCCGAUCCGGUCAUUGCCAUCCACCGAAUCGCAUUCUCGCAGGAGACGCCGCGCUUCCCGAGCUGGCUCUCCGGUGAGGGGAAGGACUUCCUGAGCAAGUGCUUGAGGAGGGAUCCCCGGGAGCGGUGGACGGCGGAGCAACUCCUCCACCACGAAUUCGUGGCUUCCUCGUCGAAGCACUGCCCGAGGUCAAAACCAGACGCCGAUCGCAGUUGGGUCUCCCCGAAGAGCACUCUCGAUCAGGCCUCCUGGGAGUCAUUGCCGGAGCAAGACGAGGAAACGGUCGAACACCUCGAUGAUCCGUCGGCGAGGAUCCAACCGUUGGUUUGCAGCUGCGGUCCAAAUUGGACAUGGGAGGAGAAUUGGUCGACGGUCAGGCGCGACGGCGACCCGAUCGAAUUGAUGAGCUGGAACAGCACAGGACGAGCCGAUUCAACGACGGAUUCUCCUCACAGUUCACACUGCUCAAUCGAUGGUAACGGUAAUACUAGUAAUUCUUGUAAUACGAGUCUUGCAUUCGUCAGCCGUCAGAGAGAGGCGAGGUUUUCCGAGAGCGGCAAUGUUUCAGAUAACCAUGAACAGCGAAUCCAAUCUAAGAUUUGCUAUUGGCUCGUUUGCUUCCAUCUUAUUGGCUAUCGGCUUUCGUCUUUCCCCUUUUGUCGUUGUUGCUGUCUUAUCUGUCAUGCAUGGACAGAGAUGAGAGGAGUCCUAAAUGAUUAAAGGGCAGCCGUCCCAACCGCUGCGCGCACGGAGAAUAAAGCAACGAGGAAGAGUUAGAUUUGGGCAAAUCUGGUUGCUUCCCUUGUCAACCAUCUCCGCGAUCAGUGGCGACUUGAGUCGGGACGUAACUACUGACUUCAGACGGAAAUAAAUGUUACAGC